AUGGCAUACACUUCCCUCGCUCAAGUUGACGACUUACCCGAAAGUGUACCGGUGUUGCGUCUCGAUGGCUAUGAUUCAGAUCUCAGCAGCAUCGAUGAACAAGAUCCAUUCGGGCGCAUGACACUUGUUGAAAGCUCAACUCCUCCCGAGUAUGGUGCUAUUGGCAAAGUGACAUUUGAAUUGUUGGAUACACCUAUUGAAUUGGCUCAAGAUCUGAGUGGUGGUUGUGGCGGCAAGAUUUGGGAAGCAGCUGGUGUUAUGGUGGAUUACAUGCUGUGGAAGCAAAAUCAAACGCAAGGUCUCUUUUUGCAAGGAAAGAAAGUACUGGAACUUGGUUCAGGCACUGGUCUAGUUGGUUUGGCUGUUGCUAAGGGAUGUGCCAAUGUUGACACCAUGGUUAUCACCGAUCAAAUUCCCAUGAUGCACCUUAUGAGCCAAAACAUCACACUUAACAAGCUGGAUGGUCGAGUGCAAGCCAAAAUCUUGGAUUGGGGAGAGCCCAUCUCAUCUGAUAUCCCUGUCCCGGAUGUGAUAUUGGCUUCCGAUUGUGUAUAUCUAGAAGUGGCAUAUCAACCUUUGAUUGAUACGUUGGUAGCAUUGUCAAACAAGGAUACUGAUAUUUACAUGAGCUAUCGGAAACGAAGAAGAGCCAACAAAAGGUUCUUUCAAAUGGCAAGGAAAAAGUUUCAUUUAAUUGAGGUUACCGAAGAUCCCAAGCGGGAGCAGUAUACCAAGGAUGGUUUACGAUUGUAUCUCAUGAAGAAAAAGUGCUAG